GGGCUCGGCGCGGGCGGUGGCGUGAGGGGCUCAGGCGGAGACAUGUCCUCGGGGGUGGCCGCGCGUCGGGACGCCAAGAAGCUUGUGCGCUCGCCCAGCGGCCUGCGCAUGGUGCCGGAGCAUCGCGCCUUCGGAAGCCCAUUCGGCUUGGAGGAACCGCAGUGGGUUCCGGACAAGGAGUGUCCAAGAUGUAUGCAGUGUGACGCCAAGUUUGACUUUAUCACCAGAAAGCAUCACUGCCGCCGCUGUGGGAAAUGCUUCUGUGACAGGUGCUGCAGCCAGAAGGUACCACUUCGGCGUAUGUGCUUUGUGGACCCAGUGCGUCAGUGUGCUGAGUGUGCGCUGGUGUCCCACCGUGAGGCUGAGUUUUAUGACAAGCAGCUCAAAGUGCUCCUAAGCGGAGCUACCUUCCUUGUUACUUUGGGGGACUCAGAGAAACCUGAGACCAUGGUUUGUCGUCUUUCCAACAAUCAGAGAUGCUUGAUUCUGGAUGGAGACAGCCAUCAUGAAAUCGAGAUUGCACACGUCUGUACUGUGCAGAUUCUCACAGAAGGCUUCACUCCUGGAGUAGAAAAAGACAUUCACACUUACACCAGCCUCCUGGGGAGCCUGCCUGCCUCUGAAGGCAGCACUCGAGCCACAGGCAUGUUCCUACAGUACACAGUGCCAGGGGCAGAGGCUGCAACACAGCUGAGGCUGAUGGCUGGAGAGGAUGCAAGUGGCAGCAAGAGGCAGGCUGCAGCAUGGCUGGCAGCCAUGCACAAGGCUACCAAGCUCCUCUAUGAAUCACGAGACCAGUAACUGCAAAGGGAACUGAGCUAAGAGUGACGGAGUCCAAGCUGCUUGCCCCUGCCUGUGCACUCAGGGUUCUGCCCUGUGUGUGCUUGGAAAUGCAAUUCAAGUAUCUGAAAACAGAAUGUUUCACUUACCUAGUGCAGUAUGUGCACUGCUGAUUAACGCUUUGAAGAGCUUACGUUAUAGUGCAUUGUUGGUACUUAACUAGGGUUGGGAGAAGCUGCACUACAGUACUGCUAAGACAGGUUUAGCAUAACCUAUUCCAUGUUUCUAUAAAUUCCCAGGCUCAUUAGAGGUUUUUGGCCCUAUUUCCACAGAAACAAAUUAGGUGGUGAUCGCUCAGGCCUCUGCCUAUCCUCAAUAGCCUGUUUACAAUGCCUUAGCCCGUUUAUAGACUCUCUGUUCACUCUGUCACUAAUUUGGGAAAGUGAACAGUCCUUUUAUAUGUCACUAAAAGGAAGGCAUCACCUUUGUGUUUUCUACUUCUCA